AGUCUUACAUUACAAAGAAAACUAACUCGGUUUGGACUGUGAAGCUGAAUGGUUGUUGUUUUGACUUGGAUUUGAUAUCUCAACUCUGUUAUCUAUGGUUUCCUUCUUACUUUCCUUCAUAUUCUCGAAGGAGGCUAUGAUUGUUCGUGGUUCAGUCCAAGUGUUGGAGGUUUUAUCAUUUAGUAAAAAAGAAAUGGAGACGACUCACUCCUCUCCACCGUUCGACUCUUUUCUCGAUCGAAUGCGAAACCCUGCUUCUCUCGAUCUUGUUCGCUCCAUCAAGAGCUUCAUUGUAUCGUUUUCGUUUAAUGCGCCAAACCCUGAAAACAAUUCCAAAAGGAUACAGGAUUUUUUCCUGUCAAUGGAAGCUGCUAUAAGGGGUCAUCCUUUAUGGGAAGCCUCCUCUGAUGCUGAAAUUGACAAUGCCUUGGAGGGUCUGGAGAAAUAUGUGAUGACCAAACUACAUUCGCGAACGUUUGCUUCCUCUGCUGAGGAUGUCAAGAUGGAUGCAGAGAUCUCAGACAAGAUAUACUUGUUGCAAAACUUUUUGAGGCCUCAACAUUUGGACAUACCAUCCGUACUUCAAAAUGAAACUGCAUGGCUGCUUGCAGAGAAAGAAUUAAAAAAGAUCAACGCUUUCAAAGUCCCUCGUGAGAAGCUUCUUUGUAUCAUAAAUUGUUGUAGGGUCAUCAACAAUUUACUGCUCAAUGCUUCAAUUUCAGAAGAUCGUGUUCUAGGGGGAGCAGAUGAUUUUCUUCCCAUUCUUAUAUAUGUUACGAUCAAGGCCAAUCCCCCGCAGUUGCAUUCCAACCUCAAGUUCAUACAGCUAUGCAGGAUGCAAUCAAAACUCGUCUCAGAGGCAGCAUACUUUCUCACAAAUCUUGUCUCAGCCAAGUCCUUCAUUGUAGACUUAAACGCGAAAUCUCUUUCUAUUGAAGAAAGUGAAUUCGAGGAGAGCAUGCAAGCAGCAAAGUUGGUUGAUAGAGUACCACAAGAAACCUUAAUCACUUUCGAUAAGAGAUCAGCAUUCAGAAACAUUACAGAUCCUGGUUCAUCAAUACCAAUGCACAAAAAGGCCAACUCUAAUAUAAAUGGUGAAUUAAACUACCCUUACAUGGAAGCUGAGGCUGGUGAAUUGACAGUGGGUGACGUGGAGAGGUUAUUAAGUUUGUACAAGGAUGUGGUAACAAAAUAUACCAGCUUGUGCAGCACUGUUAGACACCUCUCUGUUUCCAAGACGGUUUCUCCCGUUCCACAAGGAAAUGAUGAUGACUUGUUGAGAGGGUCUAACGGAACACACAAAGAUACUAGUUGUAAAGGAGACUGAAAGUACAU